UCCUUUUAACACUUGUUUUCCGGCGUCUCCAUUGAAGGGCACUAGUUUAUUUGAAGAAGAGCUUCAGUGUUCUCGAUUACGUGCCGAAAUCAUGGGUGGACACGACGCUGGAACUCACCACCAGUUCACUGGCAUCGCGAAGUACUUCAAUUCAUACACCAUUACAGGCAGGAGGAAUUGUGUGCUGGCCACAUACGCCAGCAUUGCUGCCAUUAUCCUCUUUUUCAAGUUGAAGCCCAAGAAGCAAAAGGCUGUAACAUCAAGUUAGUUCAAAGCCCUCUGAAAGCUGCCUCUGAUUGGCUUGAGCCUCUUUGGGGUGUGAACAAACCGAAGCGGUUAAUAGACCAGCCUGGACAACCUCUCUGUCUUCUCUGCUCUGUGGCCUUCAUACACUUUGAUCUCUGUCCUGGGAAGUCC